GAGGAACAAUAUCCCAGGUAGAAAGUCAUCAAUGGAAUUAGCUUGUAUUAAGCUAAUUUUAUCAGUUUUAGCCUAAAAUUAGCCAACAAACUAUGGUUAACACAAGGUUAGUUGGUAACGCUUUGUAUCGCUAACAUAAAGCUUGCAGUUUUAGCUUGCAUAAACAGUGACAAUUUAGCUUACUAUAAGGUUAAAAGUAUAUCUUAUUCUUAGCUAGAAUAGAUUUGGUAAUAUAAGUUUGAAAACAUGUUUACAGAGAAAAAUUUUUUAUUAUUUUUUUUUUUUGUACACAUACAUCAGAUAUUGGGCAUUAAAUGUGUAGUGUUAUAUAUAUUUUCCCUAGCGGUUUUGACGUCACCGUAUAAACAUUUAUCUGAAAAUAAUAAUAAUAUUUAUUUAAAAACAUAAAAUAAUUAAUAAGACGAUUUGAGGUUAGCAUUACCUUAGAUGUAAAUCAACUACAAAUACAUUUCAGAAUUAUUCUAGUCACAUUCAAUAGAGAAAAAUAUAUAAGUUUUAUUAGUAUAUAAAUUAUAAAUUAACUUUUGUUUGUUGAAAUAUUUUAAACUUACCCUAAUAAUAGUGCAAUAUAAAUGAUAAACUUUGAUUAUAACUUGCAAUUAACCUCUGUCUAACAAACAAGCUUCCAAGUAGAUGGCACUCUUUACUGCCGUGAAGCUAAAUUCAUUAUUAGUCAGUAAAUUACUUAUGUCAGUAAAUUUAUUCAAAGCUACUGAUCUUUCAGUAAAUUUUGUAACCACUGAAAAAAUCAGUAACAUUUUUACUGAUUUAACUUAAGAGAGUAAGGACGUUCUAAAAAAUUCAAAUUUUUUUAUUAUGAGCAUUAAAAACUUGUGAUUCAAUAAAUUAAAAAAAAUCAAAACUUACUUGCUUAGUAAAUAUUUUUCUUUAUAUAUGUUGCAAAUAAAAUUGAACUUAUUUAUUACUUAUAAACAAUAACACAAACUCCUAAUUAACCUCAAACUUCAGUUUUCAAUGUACGCUUGGAGUAAUGUUAGCAGAUAAGGUAGUUUUAAGUUUAGAAUCCAAGCUUACAACAAAUCUUAUCAUACGCGUGGAAAAAGAGCUAACAGCAAGGUAUAUUUUAAGGUUAGUUACACUCUAAAGACUUGUCAUAGAAUUCAUCCUAAUAACAACCUAGAAUAAAGCUUACAAAACAAGACUUAGAUGUUAAGCUAAAAUAAAGCUAUUUUGAAGUUUCAAACUUGUCCGACUAAGACAAUUUUCUACCUGGGAUUUUUUUUUUCCGUGUAUGGUAACAAGUUUUUUGGAAAUAUUGAUUAUAGGAAUGGUAUCCAUCCAUUUCAUCACAAUUAUACGGAUUGAUCCCACUAUCUUAAAAUGAAUCAGUAAAAAUUUCUGCAAAUCAGUGAAUAUUCACUGCGAAUCAAUCCCAAAUAUAUCACUGAUUGAAUUAGUGAUAUAUUUAGGACUAUUCGUGCAGUGAAUAUUCACUGAUUGGACUACUUUUCACUGAUUCAUUUUAAGAGAGCAUAACAAUGGAAAGUUAUCCCAAAAAUUAUAGGCGUAUAUACCAUAAUUUCAAGCAAUUAUUUCCAUAACGUUAUGGGUUGAUAUUCCAUAAACGUACUAGGAACGGUUACCAUAAUUUUCUUUCCGUGGGUGUAUGAAAUAUCAAAAUUGUAUGUAAUAAGCGCAUAAAUGCUUAAUUAUAACUAAAUUUUGUUGAUGAUUUUUUUUUAAAUUUAAAAACGAAUAUUUAUCUCUUAAUGAUAAUGAAUACCAUCGAAAUCAUUCAAAUAAAUAUAAUAAGAUGACGCAAAAUUGUCUCUUAUUUAUUAUCAGUGGCCAUGCGUCGAUUUUUAUACAUGCACGUCAUCGUAGUAGUUUUUUUGUGACGUGGCCCACAUUUGAAUUGCCGUAAAUUAACAAAUACUAUCACAUAUAUGUAUGAGUAACGCCAAAUCUCAGUUAUCGACGACCAUUACUGUCAGUCAUCAUUCAAACUCAGAAUGAAUAUUUUUUAAUUUUUUAUUUAUACUUCAGUUCAUUUUGAUUUUACUAUCUUUUCAGAACAACUCCACAAAAUUUCAAAUCGUUACGAAUUUGUCCACCUCUACUUAUAUUUGAAAUCUUCAUUUGACGAACAUGAGCGAUUGAGUCUACACUUUUGAAUUUUAAUAAACUUUUGACUUUUUCAUACUUCUGUUCAAAAAAAGAAUUGUAUAUUGAUUUUUUAUGAUGGAAGCUUCACGAAUAGAUGAACAAGUUGUUCAAGACGCUUUAAAUGAAACAGGUUUUGGCAAGUUUAGCUAUAAAAUGUUGAUAAUUGUUACUUUAAUAUCAAUAAAUACUGGUAUCAGUUUUGAAAAUGUCAGUUUCGUAAUGCCAGCAGCUGUUUGUGAUUUCAAAAUGUCAACAAUUGCACAGGAUCGCAUAGCAAUCAGUUCAUUGUUUGGACUGGCACUGGGCCCAUAUUUUUGGGCUUGUAUGGCUGAAACUAAAGGCCGGAAAGUAAGUUUAAUCAUAGGUUUACUUUUGGACGGUUGCUCAAAUGCUCUAGCUUCUGUGAUAUCAAAUUACUAUGGAUUCGUAAUUUGUAAAUUUUUCAAUGGAGUCGGUAUAGGUUCACAGUUUACAGUACUAUUCACUUAUAUUGGAGAAUUCCAGCCCGAUAACUAUAGAGACAAAGUGCUUUCCUGGCUCGAAUUGCCAUUCAUUUUGGGCGCAAUUUUAAAUGCAGGGAUUGGUUGGAUUAUAAUUCCUCUGAAAUUCAGUUACAUAAGUGAAACAACUUUUUUUUUUUUUAAUCCUUGGAAUUUAUAUAUUUUAAUAUGUGCAAUAGUGGCACUAAUUGCCGCAUUCUGUUUGACUUUUCUACCAGAAACUCCUAAAUAUCUUGCUGAAACUGGACAGUAUACCAAAUUAAUGGGUGUCCUUUGUCAAAUGCAUCAUGAAAAUACAGGACAGUCAGAUAUAAAUUACAUAGAACGAUUAGAACAAUUGCAUAAUCCAGGCAUAAAUGAUUUGUUGUCAAAAGUAAAAUUAACAAAUAAUAUAUGCGAGUAUAAACCGACUUUCAUCAAGAAAUUCAUUAAAUUUAUCAAGCAAGUUAAGGAAAUUAUGAAGCCACCUUAUUUGAAUAGAACUUUAAUUAUUUGUGUAUCAAUGUACGGUACUUCGUAUUCACUUUUUGUUACCAUGUUAUGGAUUCCCGAAAUUUUCGAAAGGUUUGCAAUGUUUGAAGAAAAAUAUCCUAAUAUGACUGCAAGUGUUUGCCUUGUUUCGGAAAAACUUCAUUCCAAAGAUGCCAUGCUAAAGAAUAAUAUUAAUUUUGAUGACUGUCCAUCUAAAUUAGACUAUACAGUGUAUUCACAAACGAUAAUUGUAUGUUUGGCAGCAAUACCAGCCGGAGUAUGGUUACCGCUUUUUAUAGACAGACUCGGAUAUAAAUUUCAUUUCAUUCUAGCAACUUCAGUUACAUCUUUACUUUACAUAGGAUUAUUGUUGGUCAAAAGUUCAGCCCAAAAUUUUAUCGUCUCAUGUGUUAUUGACGGACUUUCAUUUGGAGCCAAUGUUAUAUACUAUAUGUUAGUUAAUUUAUAUCCAACGCAUCUAAGAGUUAUUGCUUCAAAUCUCGUUGCUUUUGUUGGAUACAUUGGAGGUACGGUUAGCAUCAUUGUAGUCGGUUAUUUAGUUGAUGAUCACUGUCUAAUACUGAUAAUAAUCAUAAGCGCUCAUGUUGGAGUUGCAGCUAUUUUCGGAUUUUUUAUUCCGACUAGUCAACCAACGUAGAAUUGUAUAAACGAGAUAUUCAAAGAUUUUAAUUUAGUCAACUAAAAUGAAUAUAUAAAUUUGUAUCUAAUAGGUGUUUAUAAGAUAUAUAAAAAAACAUCGUGCAGAUUAAGUUACGAAUGUUAUUAAUAUGAUACAUUCUGUAUAUAUAUGAUAUAUUUAUAUAAUUUAUAAAAUUUAAUAUAUGAACAAAUUUAUGAAUAUAAUAAUUACUAUUAAUUCUGUUACGCCGGAUAAUUGUGAA